GCGACAUUUACUGUACUUUUGUCGAAGCACUUCAAAGUUCAGGCCAACUGCUCACGAAAGCUAGCUGCGUAGAGGCAGCCAAGCUAACCGAAUAUAUUCAUGUCUUAGAGAGAAUCAUUCUUGAUGCUGGCAGAAAUUCUUAUCAGAAUGGUCUUGGAGUAUCUCGGCGUCAGAGAUCGACAGGACCAUGAUCUCGUGCGGCGCAUUGGAUCCUCCAGGAGCGCUGUGCGUGCAAUUGGUGCCAGCCUGCCAUGGAGUCCAGAUCGCACCCCGUCUCUAAAUAUUCCGAACCUCAGUCUCAACCCCGCGUUGAGAUUAUCGUUUGCAGGAAAGCCGUCUCAAACUCUAGAUGUGGAAUACAGUUCCAGUCAUGUUCCAUCAUUUGCUGACGUCAGCUGGAUUCAUGCUGCGGACAAAACAAUUCUAGAAGUCGGCGACGACACCCUGUUCUUACCGGAAGAGACUGAGAGUGGAGCAGCAUGCAUAGAUGAACAGCCGGAAGAGACUGCGAGCCCCCCUCAGGAUCCUGAAGCAAUGGCUAAGAUUUCUGCGUUGGAAGUUGAGCUGGCGAACCUUCGAGCCCAGCUGGCUCAGGUUGUGAAGCAUCAGGAAUCAGUUAGCAUAGCAGUUGGCCCUGUGUCGGUAGCAGCACCUACACCGGUGUGUCCAGCCGUGGCACCACCACCUCCGCCUCCCCCACCACCGCCCGGCCUCAUCACACCCGACCAGGUCAAUGUUAUCGAGCAGAUCCGAAGAAGUCGUGCGGCACGCAAAGGCCUAGCUGUCAGCGACAUGCCCUCGACGGAGGACGAUAAGCUUGAUAUGGGUCAAGUUAUCAAGCAAAUCGGUUCCGUAAAGUUACGCUCUGUUCAGAGAUCGCCCGGUGGGACUCCAAUUCGACAAAAGCCUCUGUCUGAUGCCAACGACCCCGCAACAAUCAUAGCUAAUGCUCUGCAGAGGAAAUUUGCAAGAACAAACUUGUCACCGGGUCCAGCUGCAGGAUGUGGAG